AUUUCCUGUUGUGGAUUAACCGCUCGGGCACGGUCCUGCCUCUUGCCCAUGUCCCUGCAGCCUACAAGGUUGCCUGCGCUCGCCCUGGGGUGCCCCCUGCUGCCAGCUGCCUGCGUUCCAGCGUCCUGGCCCUCACCGCUGACUUGCAGGACUUCGCACCAUUCGCUCCGGAGACGCCCAGCAGCCCCGAGGGCCCCCGGGAAAGCAACCUCACUGGGCAUUUCCUGCCCACGCUCUGCCCUGCCCCAGGGGGCCCUUGCUACCAGCCCCCAUCGGACUACUACUGCAGCCUGAGCAAAGAGCACUCGCUGGAGAGCCAGGGCAGCUCCACGCUCAGCAGCCCCUCGGAGUGCCUGGCCCCACAGCCAGCCGCCACUUCUGACUGCUCCCCCAGGGGCACCUCCACAGCCGUCCUCUUCCAGUUCCCUAUCAGCAAGAUCCUGGAGGAGGGGGAGGCAACAGCCGGCUGCCCGGGGCCUGAUCGCAGGGGACAGCAGGCCCAGGAGGAGCUGGGCGAGGGGAAGGCGGCCCCAGCCGAGGAGACCUGUGCUCUGCCCUCCCCACACCUGCCCAGCCCCAAGAGAGGGCCGAGCGACGGGCUGCAGGGAGCUGAAGAGAUUCAGAGGGUGGUUCUCUCCGUCAAUGACAAGUGGCAUUACUGCCAGAACUCGGACAUCCUGGUGGGUUCACGAGCCAUGAGGAACAGGCACUUGCAGCUGCUGGGCUACUGCCUGGUUCAGGUAAGAGGGCUGGGGCUGGGGCGGGGAGGCUGGGCGGCCCCGCGGGCCCCUCUCCUGGGUGCAGGAGCUGGGCGGGUAGUCAUUAGAGGGCAGUGUGUUGGGCGUGUCCCUCCCUGAGGGAGCGGCAGGGGCUGUGGGGUGAAGGGGGCUCUGCCUGACAGCCCCGGAGGUGAGGCUCUGGGGAUCCGCAAUCACAGUCACCCAUUGUCGGACCACAAUGCUGCGCUCAGAGCUGUGAGCCUGAGCGGCUGAGCAGGGGGUGCUGCCUUCCCCUGCCCCACGACGAGAC